AUGGGUAGCAACACAACGCUCUGGCAGGGCAGUGCCCAGAGCAGCCAUGUGCUGCACAUGUUCCACGGCUCCACGGGGAAGCUGCAGCGGCAGCUGUGCAAGGGCGCAUUUACCAUGUUCAAGCGCAUUCCUAUGUUUGAGAGUGACUUCAUCCAGAUCAGCAAAAGAGGAGAAGUGAUUGAUGUGCACAACAGUAUGCAAGUGGUUACUGUGGGCAUUGCAUAUACCAGCCCCAGCCUUACAAUACCUGACGUCAUGCUGCUGGCACGACCAGCUGUCAGCUGUGCAGUCUAUGCCAGACAUGAUCAACACACCCAAGGAAGGGGACUCAAGUCAGCGAAGACCUUGGAACUGACCAGGCUUCUUCCUUUGAAGUUUGUAAAGUUGUCUGUUUACAGUCAUGAGAAAAAACAGCUCCACUUGAAGCUUGCCACUGGCCGCUCUUUUUACCUACAAUUAUGCUCCCCUUCAGAUGCAAAAGAAGAUGUGUUUGCAUACUGGGAAAACCUGGUGUUGUUCCUGAGACCACCAGAGGAUGCUUAUAGCGGUACCCGAGUUGUACCCGCUUGGGACUCGAUGGACAUACCUGUGUUGGAGGCAGAGGACAGGAAGAGCCCAGGAGUAAGUUUUUGCAGAGACUCUCAGCGAGGGGCCCGAGUGCUUCGAGAGAGCAACUGA